AUGUUGCCGUUCUUGGCGGAGAAGCGCCCAGAGCUGAUGAAGGAGACCCAGGGACAGCCCAUCACUGCCGUCACCAAGCUGGCCAGCGAGCGCUUCAAGGCGCUCGGCGACGAGGAGAGGGCGGCCUACCAGAAGAAGUAUGAGGAGGCGAAGGCAAAGUUCGAGGAGGAUAUGAAGGCCUUCCUUGAAGCAGGUGGCGAGAAGAAGGCGCGAAAGACGAAGGGCUCAAAGGGUGCAGAGAAGCUCAAGCGGAAGAAGGACUGCACUCGCCGCAUAGAAGCUGGCUGUCCGGAUUCGCAUGAACUUUGGCAAGUGUUACAGAACCGCUCGGCCUUCGCGGAUCAGUGCAAGGGCCAGCCCGUGACAGCUGUCACGAAGCUGGCUUCGGAGAAGUGGAAGGCGCUGAGCGAGGAGGAGAAGAAGGUGUUUGAGGAGGAGUACCAGACCAAGAAGGCAGCCUACGAGGAGGCCAUGAAGUCCUAUGUUCCCCUGCCCAGCGCAGAAGCUGAGGAGCCGCCUGCGAAGAAGGCUAGGAUGUCCAAGGAGCAGAAGGAGGCCGCAAAGGAGGCCGCCAAGGAAGCCAAAGAGAGUUCCAAGAAGGAGAAGCAGGAAGCAAAGGCCAAGCAGACAAAGGAAAAGGCGAAGGCAAAGGCAGUGAAGCCUAAGGCAAAGGGGAAGCCGGCAACCAGCACACCGGAAGUCGAACUUCAGGCCACCGUUGCUGCCAAGGCAGAGAAGGUCGGCCUUAAGGACCAGCUGAUGAAAUUGGUUGCACGCGAUGACAUCAAGGCCAGCGGCAAAAGCCAGACGGCGGCGCUGAAGGCUUUGGAGGAAUCCAAUGGCUUGAUCCAUCCGGCCAGGAGGGCGCUUUUGGGUGCCUGA